UGACGCAAACAAGACAGCUGUUAUCUGGGGUAGUGAACGAUUCAUUAUAUUUCCCCUCUGUUUUUUUCUCUCAGCUUUAUACUGUUAUUGGUGACAAUACAGUCUCACCUAAGUAUAAGUAGGUCAAAUAUGGAAAUGGUACCAGAAUCGGAAAUCCAAGAUGAAGGAAUCCUUAAUCAGCAAAGACAGAUAGAGAAAGAGGUUGCAGAAAGCCAUCCAUUGAUUGGGCAGUUACAACCAUUAACAUGUCUGUUACAAGAGUACAUGAAUGAUCCUGUUUAUGUAAACAAACUGACAAAAUUGACAAAUGUGUAUCAAUCACUAAGAAGAGUGCGACCAGAUGGGAAUUGUUUCUACAGAGGAUUUGGCUUUUCAUACUUUGAGAGACUUCUGGAUAACGAGGAGGAGUGGAAAAAAUUUCAAGCUCUUGUUAUGGGCACAAAGGAUCAGUUGAUAUCCCAGGGAUUUCCUAAAUUUACUGUCGAAGACUUUUUUGAUUCGUUUAUGGAGAUUGUGAACCGUCUUGGUGGAGAAUCAAAAAUGGAUGUCGAAGAACUUCAUCGAAUUUUCAAUGACUCAGGGACAAGCGAUUAUUUGGUUGUAUACCUUCGCCUUGUUACAUCAGGACAAUUGCAAAAAGAGGAGGACUUCUAUCAGAAUUUCCUGGAAGGAGACAGGAGCAUGAAAGAGUUUUGUCAACAGGAAGUGGAACCCAUGUAUCGAGAAUCCGAUCACAUGCAUGCCAUAGCAUUAGGAUCUGGUCUUAACGUUGGUAUUCGAGUAGUAUAUUUAGACCGCGGUGAAAUAACAACUAAUCCACCAGAGCAUGAUUUCCCUGAAGAUUGUACUCCGUCUGUUUACCUUCUUUAUCGGCCGGGCCAUUAUGAUAUUCUGUACAAGUAAAUAAAAAUAAAUUUAACAAUA